GUUUGUUUUUGUAGGAAAGUUUGUUCAUAUUGAAAAUGUCUGAUAAAAAGGAAAGUGGAAAGAACCCAACUAAGCAGUCAGUGAAAUGUUCGGUACCUAUCGAAAUUUUUCUGAAGAUUAAGGAGAAGCAGCGUCGACUUGAAUUACUUGAGAAACAAAGGUCGUUGUUGGAUAAGAUGAAAGAAGAGCAUAAGCGUUUUACCGCAAUUGAAAAACCUGAAACUAUAGUUGCUGAACCUAAAAACGAUGAUAAACCUAACAUGCGCGAAGUUCAUGAUGAGAAUGAUAGAGUUCCGAUACCGGUUCCCGUGGUUCCUCCGGUGCCAAAUUUGGUUUUGCCAUGCAAGCCUAGCAAGGCGCGUCCCCCGCGUCCGAAACGCUUACGUCGUUUGCCUCACGUUGGACAUCCUGCUAGGGCACGAAGAGGUUAUAGGCCUCAAUACGACGUCAACAAUAACACGCCUAUGCAACAAAAUAAUAUGAUGAUUGGAGGUAAUCUGCCGGUGGCACCCGUGUAUCAUAAUGUGCCACAAAACCUAAUAAAUGGACCCCGGUUUCAUUAA